GCUCCGUUACGUUGCAAGUUUAGAAGCUGCUCCGUUACAAAAGCACUACAGCUAAUAAAUUCUUUGCUUAAAAACGCAAUUCUAUACCAAGAAACAACAAAGAGAGUAAAUCCCACAAUAUGAAAUCGAUUCUCAGUUCACGUUUGAUUGAUUCACACUCUUCGCUUCCUAGAAUCUUGUUGUAAAUGCUCUUAUGCUACUUGUUUUAACUGUUUUUUUGGUUCUUUUCUAAAUAACUUGGCCGAGUUUUGUGUUUGUCUUUUUGUGAAUUUGCUUUUGUUUUCUUUAGUGUACGCUUGUUUGUCAUCUGGGUUUUUAUAUAUUUUUUCUUUUCUUUAACUGUUUGGCUUCUUUUCGUAACGCUAGAUGAAAAUGUGCUUGAAAUAUCCGGUUUUAGGUUGUGAAAUUAUCUUUAAAGAGUGUGAUAUUGACCCCAUUAGAUUAGAGCGUGGAAAAAAGAAUGUGAUCUUCUCAAUAAUUUGAGACAGUAAAAUGGCUGCGUCUAAAAACGGGAGAUUGUUGUCAACCGGUUCAAACAAGGUAGAUGGGGCACUAGGGGACCAGCAGCCUUCAAUGGACAAGAUACUUGUAUUUGGUGGAAAUGGCUUUGUUGGCUCACAUACAUGUAUAGAAGUGACUGAGCGUGGUCUGACUGUACAUAGUCUUAGCAGGAGAUCCGCCUUCACCUGGUUCUCUAAAGAGUGCAAUGGCUGGAGUGACUGCAAUGGUAUAAGAUUUUUUGCUUGUAGUUCUAUGAGUUUAGGACAGUAUAAGAACUAUAAUCGUAAAAGGAAAUCCGAGGGAAGUUAUCAAAUUCUCUACCUCAAAUUGCCUGUGGCCAGAUUGUGUAUGGUCUUUUAUGAUGUAAUUUCAUUGCUAUCAGGCUUAGACAUGUUUUCUAUCUUUGCCCAACAAUAUAUAUUGAUCAACACGAUGUGUAUGCAUAAAAAUAAUCUCUCUUUUGCUAACACAACUUCUUAUCUAUAUUCAUUGUCACUGCAAUCCUCUUUAAGGCAAAGCAACCAAAUUGCCUCCCCUGCUGCUCUUCUGUACUCUUUUCUUUGUUGGACUUGGAAAAAGAUGGGCACCUGUCAAGAUGUAAAUUAA